GCGGGACAUCCUCUUUACGGACAUCAGUUGUUUGAAAUGUCUCCCUAACAACCGAACUGGAAGUCAAACAGAAGUUUUCGCUGGACAAACGCCUCGAGUCGGAAUGGCUGGGACUGGCGAGGGAAAGAAAGAGGAGGCCGACUACAAGAGGAUGAACAGCUUCCCCCUCAUCAGGCACACAGACAUGCCAGAGGAAAUGAGGGUUGAGACAAUGGAGCUUUGUGUUACAGCUUGUGAAAAGUUUGCCACCAACAAUGAGAGUGCAGCCAAGAUGAUUAAGGAAUCCAUGGACAAGAAAUUUGGCAGCUCGUGGCACGUGGUGAUCGGCGAAGGCUUCGGCUUUGAGGUUACACACGAAGUGAAGAACCUGCUCUACAUGUUCUUUGGAGGGAGCUUGGCAGUGUGUGUGUGGAAGUGCUCAUAGCACAACCACAUGUCUGUCCCCCGAUCCCCUCUGACUCUGUCACUAGGCUGGAAAUGAACACCAGCUAGCAGCCAGAUGCUGGUCACUCUUUGGUUGUGGCAGGUUAAGUUGUCCACACUACCAGCCUCUGUGGCAGACUGUCAAUCAUUGCAUUGAGAUCUGUUGAAAUGCUGGUGGUAGACAAAAAAAACCUGAAAGGGGAUUUUAAUUCAGGCAGUCCAUUUGGCUGGUAGGAAUAAAGAAAAAAGGUUGCCUGCCCUACCUGUUACAUUUCUUUGUUUUCGACUUUCCGUCCGUCUCUUAAGCCGAAUCCAUGGUCCUAAACAUUUGUGAGCAUGUGUGUGCGAGAAUGUAUGAUCAACUUUUACAAACACUACAGCCAGCCAGGGUCUCCAAAGUCCUUUCUCCUCAUUCUUCUGCAGGGAGCGUGAGCAUGUGUGAGUGAGUUUAAGUGUUGGUGUGUGCUGGACACACACUUUUUAAGAAUAAACAUUUCAUUGUUACCUUCCGCACCGUCCAUAACUUUUCACGCGUGUCUUUUUUUCUCUCUCUCCAAGCGCACUAGUCUUUCAAUGAAAUUUUUAAUAUUUUUUAUCUGUACAUAUUUUGAAGCAACUUGAAAAAACUUCUUUUUAAAUACCAGUGUCAUCUUCUUACAACUACAGACUUGAAGUCUCCAGAGUUGAACAACACUAAACCUGAUCCACCUUAACCUCUAAAGGUGUAGUAAUCCCUGAUGAUAUUGUCACACUGGGUGAUAUUAGCAAUGUGAUUGUUUUCAUGUUGACACGGUUGUAAUGAUCCAGUGAAAUGGACCAUUUUGUCUGAAUUGAUCAGAUUGUACAAUAAACUGAAAUGUGGUGAAAUAGGAA